AUGGUGACGUAUUGGAAAUUGUUGUAUAAAUUGACGGCUCAUUGCGCCGACCGCGUCGACUAUCACGGCCAGCGGGGCGGCAGCGGUAGCGGGGCGCGGCGGUACCGGGGCGCGGCGUUUCCCCUUUUACGAGUAGCCCGUCGCAGUCACCAACAGAACGGGACGGGAACACGUCGCGCGCGACGGGACGCUAGCGUUAUGGACAAUGAAACAGUACUGAAAUUAAUUGAAAUCGUCAAAGGCUACGUCUUUUUGUACGACCUGAGCCAUCAUCAAUACAAAAAUACUAAUCUUAAAACUAAAGUUUGGGAAUCUAUAGGAAGGGAAUUAAAUUAUAGCGGUGAAGCAGUAAGAAGUAAAUGGAAAACAAUAAGGGAUGGCUAUACGAAAUAUAAAAAACAACUUAAAACUUCCCCAGCCUCUAGCAAAACAAACGUCACUUAUACAUGGGCGCCACAACUGUCAUUUCUUGAAAAUCACAAUGCAGCACGGACGUCGUAUUCAAAAAUUUCUUUGGAUACUUCACAAUCAACGCCAGAUUCCGACCACUCACAGGAUGCUUCUUCACCCCUAUCAACUACAUUUCCAUUACAAUCGCCAAUCAAACAAGUUUCACCUCGCAGCAACAAACGACAGCAAGAAGAUUAUAAACGAGACGAAGACGAUAUACAAAUAUUUAAACCGAAAAAGAGAAAAGAAUUAGACGUCAUUGAUAACUUAUUUCUAAGCUAUGCUGAUACUUUCAAGAAAUUUCCCGCCCGAGAACAAGUGUAUGUAAAGUUGGAAUUGGCAAAGUUAUUCUCAGAUAUAGAACUAAAGUUACUCAACGAACAGGCAAACGAAUCGAUUAUUUGCGAACCAACAAUAGGUAAAGUAAAGGAGGAGCCAACAGAAGAUACGUCUUGA